AGCUCAUGACAGACCACCAGGCGCACCGGUGAGCCCCCUUCUCUGCUGACUCAGUGCCUUAACAGCAGUCACUUCAGCCCGUGAUACAGCAUCAAGCCACCGACGCACGCUCCUCCGGCUCCCAAACCGCUCUGCAGACAUGGAGAAGACCGCCAUCGCUUACAAAGAGAAGAUGAAGGAGAUGUCAGUGUUCUCACUGAUCUGCUCCUGUCUCUACCCAGAGAGCCGCAAAAACAUCAUGGGGGACUUUGAAGGAGACUUGGACAUCAAGCCUCUUAACAAGCGUGCCUCAGGCCAAGCCUUUGAGGUCAUCCUGAAACCGCCCUCCCCUGUGUCAGAUGUGGCUCACUGCAUCUCCAGCCCCCCAAAGAGGGACAUUUCCCUGGAGGACAUCCAGAAGAAACUGGAGGCAGCUGAGGACCGAAGAAGAUCUCAGGAGGCGCAGAUCCUCCGGAUCCUGGCUGAGAAACGAGAGCACGAGCGUGACGUGCUGCUGAAAGCCAUGGAGGAGAACAGCAACUUCAGCCGCAUGGCUGAAGAGAAGCUGCAGAUGAAGAUGGAGCAAAUUGAGGAGAACCGGCAGGCCUACCUGGCCGCCAUGAUGGAGCGCCUGCAGGAGAGGGAGAGGCAUGCUCAGGUGGUGCGCAGAAACAAAGAGCUGAGAGAAGAAUUGCUGCCAUGAGACGCCCUAACAGGCCCUACACCCCACCUCCAAACCUUCUACCAACACAGUCAGCCCUGAGGAACACCCCAGCCGCCCCCUAACUUUUCCCACAUGUCCCUUUACCUGUCCCCUCCCCAGUCCCUGCCAUCCACCCCACUAUUCUACUAUGAAACUAGACGACAAAUGAGGUUGGGGGUGGAAAAUAUCACAAAAUAAAGAAAGAAAAAUUCAUGGCUGAUGCCAACUCCUUCCAAAACGAAUGUUUUUGCUUAAAUGACAAGAAAAAAAUCAUUUGAAAACUGUCAUUGGUUUUUGUAAAUACUUGUUUUGUUAUAUACAGUGCGAUACAAGCAGCAGAAGUAUUGAUUGCAGUGUGCCAUUUUUAUAUAUAGGUUUUCUUCUCUUUGGUUCGUUUCUGCCUGAGAUGUGUUUCUUUUUCUUUUUUCUUUUUGUGUUAAUCUUGUUACAGCCUUUAGAUGUCUGUUGUGAGUUUGCCAGCUAGCUGAUGUCCUGCUACGUCUCGCUGUGUCCUCCAAAAGCACUGCAUGCUGGCCCUGGCUCCGCUCAAACAUUUGACCCUGCAGAUUUGGAAGCAAUAUCAGAUCUGGUUGGAAUCAUUCUCUGUUCAAUUUUUUGCCAGUGUUGCAAUUAGCGAGUGAAGUUUCCAGGAAAGUCGGCAGACUGCUAAGGGGCUGCAGCGAGCCGUGGCCGCACAUCCACUCCUGUGAAGUAGGUAGUGACUGUGCCACAGGAGAACACUUUAGCAUUUAAUGAGCCCUUCCUCUCUCCUUUGUCUUCAUCUCUCCACACUCGUGUUUGUCGUGUAGACACUCAGUUGCACGCUCUCCACAGAGACAACCCUAUUACGGGGGACCGCAUGUGCAGCCAGAGACCCCAUCAAACAUCCCUGAUAAAGAUGAUCCUACAGUCACUCUUUAAUUGAGGUGCAUUGUGGGACUGCAGCAAACUUGAUUCAAAUCUUCUUAUCUCCACUUGAGAAAACAGUAAAUCCCACGUUUCUCCAUUUCAUCAAAGCUAGAGUAGAUCUCUGCAUCAUCAUCUGGACUCACUGCACUCCAUGCUGACAUGUUGACUCCACUUUAAGGCAGGCUCAGAGAAAAUGGAAAAGCCGAAACAGGCAUCACUGCACUGGCGAUCCACGAACACAGCAUUUGCUUCUGAAGGGCAUAUAUGAUAAAAAAAAAUGCAAAUCAUUUGUGAGGAGAGAUGUUGAAGCCUGAGGAUGAGCAUCGUUGGUCCCACUUGCACAGUCGGCCCAGAGGUGUGUGGGAGUGAUACUGUGAGUGUUUUUCAGGAGAGGUGGGAAGAGUUCGUGCCACGUGACUUCGAUCUGAUAAGUAACACGCCAGCAUCAGCUGAAGCGUGGAAACAUCUGCCAGACACUGAGCAUCCUAACUGCCCUCUCAUUCUCUUCUCCGUCCAUUUGUGUGUUUCCCUCUCUUCACAUAUAUCUUUGUGAGCAAGCAGUGGUGAAUAAAGACUUCGGGGUUUAGUGAACAAAA